CCCUUACUUUAAUUUUGGCUGAUUUUGGUUCUUUUUUGGUUGCCACCCAUUUCCUGUUUGUAAACUAAUAGUCUGUAAACUAAUAGUUUGUAAACUAUCGGCAAUAGUUUGACAACUAAAAAUUGUCUGUAAACUAAUUGUAAACUAAUAGUCAUAGACUGUAGCAUAGUAGUUUGUCAUUUUGAUAAAUAAUUGGACGUAUAUCUAGCAAUAUGAUGUGCGGAGGAAUAGGAACGGAAUCAGAAGCCAACGAAGAGGUUCAAUCCGUUGUUGAUCAGGUAAAAUCGGCUGCCGAGACUAAAACUGGCAAGCAGUUUGCUGUUUUCACAGCCAAGAAGUAUACCACACAAGUAGUAGCUGGCAUGAACUACUUCGUCAAGGUGCAUGUAGGAGAUGACAGCUACGUACAUGUGAGGGUGUACAUGCCGUUACCUGGCCAGGGGGAGCUUCAGCUGCACAGUGUACAGGAGGGCAAGCAACACACAGACCCAAUCACUUAUUUCUGAGUAACAUGGAUCGUGUAUUCAGCCAGCUAAUGUAAAUUAAAAUCCCAUGAUUUUUAAACAGUGUGAUCAGAUUAACAGAGACAUAGUGACAUUAUUUGAUACAUGGAAUCAUUUUUGGUCGGUGUUUAACAAUAAACGUGGUGAUCUUGAACGUAUAUAUAUAAUGCGCAAUUGAAAAAUGGGAAUUUUUUGAACCACUAGAGUUGCUGUGAAUUUUUUAUUUAAUGAAUCCUGUUGCAGUUUAAGAAUUUAUUCAUGGUGCCACCACCUAAAAUGCCAAAAAGCACUACUAUGCAUUCACGAUGUUGAUUUAAUUGUUGCGCCUUCCUAGUAGCUGUAGGUCUCAUUCUUCAUAUCUUUUGUUGUUGAAGAUAUGCUUAUAAUGAAAUUGUAUGUAACCUGCUAAGAAUGGUUAUUUCUUAUACAUCAUGGUCAUUUCAAAUUACGGAUACAUUAUAGUGUUAGACUGCACAUACUUUUCUCUUAGCUUUAUAGGGUUGCCUAGCUCGGAAUAUGUAUAUGGCAUAGGCAUGUCUGUGAUAUAAACAAGAUAAAGUUCUCUUGAAUUUUAUGAUAUAAUAGGGACAAUAAUUGGGCUAUGACCAAGUGAAAAUAAUUAAAUAUUUAAAGUAUACAUCUACAUAUUAUCAUAUUAUAUCUACUUCCACAAUAUACAGAAUCUUAUUUUGUUAUAGAUUGCUGCUAUUUUUUUAAUGUGAAACUUGUAAAAAAAAGUAAUUAACAAAGUAAUUCUG